GUGCCCUGUGGGUAACCAAAAAAGGCAAGUGUGACGGUUUAAGAAAAUGAAAUCCUUCAAAUUUCGGGUGCAAAAAGAAGCCCGUUAUCCUCGAAUUUAAGCGAUUGAGGUUCUUUUAUUGAUCAGUUUUCACGUCAAAUGACUAUCCUACUGAGGACACACCAAUUGGUCUCGAGAGGUAUAGCUCCUAUGGUUUUGCGGUCUCAACGAUCGUUCAUGUCGUCGCAAGUACCAAAAUUUCACGAAAAGGAUCCUUUGCACGAAGGCAACAAGUAUAGUCGAGUACCUGAGCGUGGAUUUAUCGAGCUGGAAGGACAAGAUACCACCAAAUUUCUGCAAGGACUGAUUACUAAUCAUAUGCCACGCUUAUCCACGGGCGGCGAUGGAUUCUUUGCAGGAUUUCUUACGCCACAGGGUCGUGUCCUUUAUGAUGUCUUUAUUUAUCCUGUGAAUCACGGAGACAAUUUCCCGCAUCCCAAAUUCAUGGUGGAAUGCUCUUCAUCAUUGACUAGUUCGUUGUUAAAGCAUCUGAAGCGUUAUGUUUUACGCUCCAAAGUCAAGAUGCGGGAUGUCAGUGAAGAAUAUUCGGUAUAUAACAUCUGGGGACAGGCUAUCAAUAGCGCAACCACAAAGGCUAUCACCGAUGUACCUACCGGUAUGCUCGUGAAAACCGACAAGAGAUUGACGGAUAUUGGAUGUAUGGAUCCGCGUGUUCCCGGUUUUGGUUAUCGUGCCGUUUUGAAGCAAGAAGAAGACAUUAAGCGAGUGUUGCCUGCCGCUGAUUACGAAGAAUUAUUAUCGUCAGAGUAUACCAUUCGAAGAAUAUUGCAUGGCAUUGCGGAAGGUCCUUUGGAUUUAUGGCCUGAACAAGCUUUGCCUCUUGAAGCCAAUUUUGAUUUCAUGAAUGGAGUCGAUUUCAGAAAAGGCUGUUACGUAGGACAGGAGUUGACGAUCCGUACAUACCACACAGGCGUCGUUCGUAAGCGGGUUGUUCCAGUGCAAUAUUAUCAAGAAGGCGACAAUGUGCCGAAGGAGAUGAAAGUGGAUCGUCAAAUUGAGCAUUCGUCCGCACUUAUACCGCAAUUGGACAUAAAACCGGUGGAUGUGUCAAGUAAACGUGGCGUUGGUAAAACCUGCUCAGCGGUGCAUAACAUUGGACUAGCAUUGAUGCGAUUGGAGCAAGUUGAAAAGUGCAACCAGGACGGUUCCAUUGCUUUUGCCGUACCAGAAGCGGGAAAUGUCCGUGUGAGACCGUUCUUACCUGAAUGGUGGACACAAGAACAGGCAUGAAACAAUACAUUCAGAAAUAUUCACGUUAGAAAAAAAAAAUAUAGAAAAAUAGGAAAAUCGAAACAAGGGUUCAGCAGAAUUUUUUUUGUCAUCUGAGAUUUCCCCGACGGUUUCGAAUAACUGUGAAGAUAGAAAAAAAACUUGACCAUACAAAAGCCCAAUUGUUGGUUCAUGCAAGCUCAAGUGGAAAUCGCAUUCCCCCUUUUAGGUGAAAAAAGAAGGAAAACAGUGGAUGCAUAAGGGGUUACGUAGCACAGGAAACAAAAGGUAGAACAAACCUUGGGCCAUGAGAGAAAACAAACGGUAAAUCAUUUUUUCUUUUUACUUUUGCAACAAAUCCAGAAAAGACAGGAGUUUUUUAAGGUGCUCCAAAGGUGGGAUGACCCUUUUUUUAGCUGAGAAAAAAAAAAAAAAAAAAA